UACACACGCAUGGAGAGGGAUGCAGUGAUUUACACACAUGUGCCGCUCCUCACCCAUCCUGCUGCAGGUGCUGAGUGUCAGUGAGGAUGAUGAUGAUGAUGAUGAUGAUGAUGAUGAUGAUGAUACUGAUGAUGAUGAUACUGAUGAUGAUGAUGGUGGUAAUGGUGAUGCCCACAAGGAACCCAUCCGGUCCCUCCAUCCCUCCGCUGCCAUCCGCAGAAGUUUCCUGCUCCCCGCCAGCAGCGGGCCCUCGGACAGCAGCGGCUUCGGGGAGGAGGCGGUGCCGGGGCUCAGCUCCCAGCCCAGGGCCUGAGGCCACCGCAGAGG